AGCGGGCGGCGGGAUGGCGGCGCUCUACGCCUGCACCAAGUGCCACCAGCGCUUCCCCUUCGAGGCGCUCAGCCAGGGCCAGCAGCUCUGCAAGGAGUGCCGCAUUGCACAUCCCAUUGUCAAAUGCACCUACUGCAGGACAGAAUUCCAGCAGGAGAGCAAGACCAACACCAUCUGCAAGAAGUGCGCUCAGAACGUGAAGCUCUACGGCACGCCCAAGCCCUGCCAGUACUGCAACAUCAUCGCAGCCUUCAUCGGCAGCAAGUGCCAGCGCUGCACCAACUCCGAGAAGAAGCACGGCCCGCCCCAGGCCUGCGAGCAGUGCAAGCAGCACUGCGCCUUCGACAGGAAGGACGACAGGAGGAAGGUGGAUGGCAAGCUGCUGUGCUGGCUGUGCACCCUGUCCUACAAAAGGGUGCUGCAGAAGACCAAAGAGCAGUGCAAGCACCUGAGCAGCUCCUCCCGGGGCAGCCUGCAGGAGAAGGAGCAGUACAGGCUCAGCAGCAGCAGCCACUACAACAGCCAGAAAACCUUAUCCACCUCCUCCAUUCAGAAUGAGAUCCCAAAGAAGAAAGCCAAGUUUGAUGCCAUAUCUGCCAAUGGGGACAGCUUCUCUCCAGACCUGGCCCUGGACUCCCCUGGCACUGACCACUUUGUUAUCAUUGCCCAGCUGAAGGAGGAGGUGGCUACCUUGAAGAAGAUGCUGCACCAGAAGGAUCAGAUGAUCCUGGAGAAGGAGAAGAAGAUCACAGAGCUGAAGGCUGACCUGCAGUACCAGGAGUCACAGAUGAGGGCCAAGAUGAACCAAAUGGAGAAGACACACAAGGAGGUCAUGGAGCAGUUACAGGCCAAGAACAGAGAACUCCUGAAGCAGGCAGCUGCCCUCUCCAAGGGCAAGAAGCCUGAGAAGUCUGGAGCCAUCACCUCCCCCUAGAGCAACCCCCAGGCUGGGAGCUUUCCCCAGCAUGGAGCCAAGGAGCCUGGGGACCUGCCUGGCUGCUGGGAGCCCAAACCUCUCUGUUGUCACCAUCCUGCUGCUGUGCACACGGUGGAAGUGCUGCCUCCAGCAGCGUCCUGCAGGGCUCUGGUCCCUGCUGAAUCCUGGUCUGGACCACGGUGAUCCACAGGGAGAGGUCCCAGCAGUCCUCCAUCCCUGCUCCUGGAAACCUUUCUGGAGGAAAAUGGUUCUUGCCAGCCCAGCUCCUACCACUGCCAGCCCUUGCCACUAGCAAAGAGGAGCCUGCUGCUGGGAGACUUCUUGCUGGUUCCCAGCCUGCUGCUGGGAGCAGUUGUGCAGAGCAAACUGGAGCUGCCUGUGCUGGGGGCUUGAUUUCUGCCUUCAGCUGGGCCCUCUUCAAAGGCAGCUGACAGCUCCCCAGCCCAGCAGCUGCUCCUGGAGGCUGUCCUGUGGCUCUGUGUUUAGCCUGGGAGCUUUGGGGUUGCUUUUCUCUCUCAGCUUGGCAAACUCCACUGCCUGCUUCUGCCUUGUGUGGGGUGGGUUGGGAGCCAGAGUGGACAGUGCAGACCCAGCCCCACCCAGAUGCCUCCCUCCUGGUGGCUUGGUGACCUCUGAGGCUUUGAUGACUGCAGCCUGGUGUGACCCAGCUGCCCCUGCUCUGUUUCC